AUGGUCCAAUCGUUCAAGCCAAGUGCAGAACCUGGCAGCAACGACCGUAUUGCCCAGACAAUCGAGGUAGAAGUGGACGACGAAGAUGACCAGUAUGAACUGCUGGAAGGAGAAAGAGAGAUAGUAGAUGAUAGUAAUAACAAUGACGAUGACGAUAACGAUAACGACGACGACGAAGAUGGUACAUAUUCAAUAACAUCCACCAGAUCCCAGUUCACGAUACAGCCAGUCUAUGAAAAUGGCCGGAGAUACUGUAACGAUACUUAUUUUAUGCCGAAUGAUGACGCCGAGCAAACGCGGUUGAAUAUUGUCCACCAAGCAUUUCUCAUGCUAUUAGAUGGCGAGCUGACAAAGGCCCCAGCUCCAAAUGGCCCGUCCCGUAUUCUAGACAUUGGUACUGGACCCGGCGAUUGGGCCGUGGAAAUGGGAGAAAUGUACCCAAAUGCAGAGAUCAUCGCAACCGACAUCAGCGUCUUUGAUGCCGGCCCCGGAAUCAUUGGCCUCCCUAACGUCCACUUCCAGCUCGAUGACGCCGAAGAGGAAUGGACUUACCAUGAGCCUUUUGAUUUGAUCCAUUUUCGAUGCCUCACUGGCGCAUUUAGGAACUGGGAUGGGGUCUAUAGACAGGCUUUCAAACACCUGAGAGCUGGGGGCUACAUCGAAGUUGCCGAAUCAGAGCCGGACUUUGAAAGUUUCAUCGCCCCCGAAUUAAAAUCAGAUUCCUAUUACAAUAUCUUAGCUUCUGCGAUGCGGAGUGCUGCCGAUGCUACAGACUUUCCCCGUGGGCGUGAUCAUUUAAGGUCAUCCUCGUUAACAGCAGUGGGAUUUGUCGACGUGCGAACCUAUGAUAUCACGGUACCAGUAGGAACCUGGCCAGACGAUCCCAAGCAAAGGACGCUGGGCAAAAUGAUCCUUAUCGUAUUUCUAGAGGGAUUAGAGGCUCGAAGUCUACGGCAACUCACAGCCACCGGAAACUGGACAGCGGAGGGCGUACGAGACAUAUGCGAAAAGGCCAGGCUGGAGAUUGCAGUAUCUAAAGGAGCCAGCGUAACCGUUAGAUUUAUGACAGGCAGAAAACCCAUGUCGCACGCACCACACCGUCUGAGGCGACAGCUGCAGAUUCAAAAACUGGUCGAUGAGAUGAAAAAGUCCGAACUACAAUAA